CGCACCUUCCGGCUUAGGUCCUCCACGGCGGCCGAAGUCCGCGGGUCUGAAGGCCCGGAGUUUCCGGAAGUUGCGCCUUGCCGGCUUCCGGUGCGGGUAGGGAAAAAUGGCGGUAUUCGUUGUGCUCCCGACUCUGGCGCGGAUGUUGCCAAGGCAUAGCCUGUUGUCUCCUUCGCUCAGUGCGACAUCAUUCAGACGUUUCUACAGAGGUGACAGCCCAACAGAUUCUCAAAAAGACUUGAUUGAAAUCCCUUUGCCUCCAUGGCAGGAGAGAACCGAUGAAUCCAUAGAAACCAAAAGAGCCCGCCUGCUCUAUGAGAGCAGAAAGAGGGGAAUGCUGGAAAACUGCAUUCUCCUUAGCCUCUUUGCUAAAGAACAUCUGCACCACAUGACGGAGAAGCAGCUGAACCUCUACGAUCGCUUGAUCAACGAGCCCAGUAAUGACUGGGAUAUUUACUACUGGGCCACAGAAGCAAAACCAGCCCCCGAAAUACUUGAAAAUGAAGUCAUGGCACUGCUGAGGGAUUUUGCCAAAAACAAGAACAAAGAGCAGAGACUGCGUGCCCCAGAUCUUGAAUACCUCCUUGAAAAGCCACAUUGAAUUGUGGACUGCUCCUCUGCCUGCCAUGGGACUCGCCGUGGAUGGUGACCGCUUACGACGCUGGCCUCAGCUUCCAGCUUCGCCUUAGACAGCCCCUCAAGUGACGGACACAUCGCUCUCCCAGGACAGACACCCUGCAGACUGUGCAGGGUGCUUGCUCUGACAGUAGUGUCAUUUGUCAGUGUUGUGGGCGCCGGCCUGCUUUGUCUGGCUGCCACGGUGCAGGUCUGCCACAAGAGGGCACUGCAGGGGACGCAACCGUGCCAGCUUUGCUUCAGCCCCAGAUGUGCUCAGCGAAAAGCAGCAGCCGGCCGCUGUGCUGAUGGUCCAGGUGGUCCAGGGCUUUGUAGGAGCGAAGUGCCCCCUUCCAACCAGGGACCAUCCUUUCUGCCCUCUGAGUGGAACCCGCCAGAGGCACAGAGGCAGAAUGAGGGCAGCGAGCAGGAGUGGCGUGGGCUUGAGAGUCGACACCUUCAUCAUCAGAUUUCCUUGAAGAUAUGCGCUUUGUAAGUUGAAAGAUCAUGAAUAUUAAAGGAUAUUGAAA